AUGGUAUUUUUUGGCUACAUGAUGGCUAGUGUAACAUUUGGAAUGCUAGCAGAUAAAUUUGGUCGUUGUAAGGUUUUAUGCAUCUCUUUUGCAUGGGGAGCCUAUUUCUCUUUGCUGACAUCGUUUGCUCCUUCGUACAUCUGGUUUGUCUUUCUCCGAGCCCUCGUAGGAUGUGGCGUAGCAGGUCAUUCACAAGGGCUUAUAAUAAAAACAGAAUUUUUACCCACAAAAUACCGUGGUUAUAUUUUGCCUUUAUCACAGGUAUUUUGGUUGUCAGGCUCCUUAUUAAUUAUUGGACUGGCAUCAGUUGUUAACUCAACUCUUGGGUGGCGGUGGCUGAUCCGAAUUGCUUCUAUUCCUGGCAUUCUACUUCUCCUUGUAUUUAAGUUUAUCCCAGAGUCUGCUCGAUAUAAUGUAUCUUCUGGAAAUGAUAAAGCGGCCCUUGCUACUCUCAAAUGGAUUGCUAAAAUGAACCAUUCUGUUAUCCCCGAAGGAAAGUUGGUAGAAACUGUUGAAGAAAAGCGAGGUAGAUUCAAAGACCUAUUUGAUCCCAAAUACUUACGGACAUCUUUGCAAAUAUGGAUUAUAUGGCUUGGAAUUUCUUUUGCUUAUUAUGGUGUCAUCCUGGCCAGUGCAGAAUUACUGGAGAAGGAUCUAGUUUGUUCAAGAGGAGGAUCAGCUGUAGAGGCAGAGCUAGGCCAUACUCAGGAGGAGUUUCAGAGCCCUUGUCUCUGCCAUACCUUUGCACCAUCUGAUUACCAGAUCAUGUUCAUCAGCACAGUAGGAGAAAUUGCAUUAAAUCCCUUAAAUAUUCUUGGCAUCAAUUUCCUGGGAAGACGAGUGAGCUUGACAAUAACAAUGGGAUGCACUGCUGUUUUCUUUCUUCUCCUCAAUAUAUGCACCACAAUUACUGGUCUUAUUGGUUUCCUCUUUAUGCUGCGUGCUUUUGUGGCUGCAAAUUUCAAUACUAUCUAUAUUUACACAGCAGAGGUUUAUCCUACCACCAUGAGAGCCAUGGGAUUAGGGACCAGUGGCUCCCUAUGCCGUAUAGGUGCUAUGGUAGCACCUUUUAUAGCACAAGUACUUAUGAAUGCUUCUUUCAUGGGGGCACUGUGCCUUUUUGCCUUGGUUUGCCUUGUGUGUGCUAUCUCUGCGUUCACUCUACCAAUAGAGACCAAAGGGAGAUCACUUCAGGUGGGUAAUUCGUCUUGCUUCUGAAUAGAAGGUUCCCCAAAAAACUUCCUCCCAAUUCAAUUCCAUUACCAAAUAUAAAGCCCGUGUCAGAUUUAUUUUAGGAAGUGAACGUACUUUUAAAAAAAGACCCUUACAAAGAACUUCAACUUUUGUAUCUGAAAUGAACUAAGGCAUGAACCCUAAAAACAAAUGGCUAACAACUUGAUACUGAAGAUUCAAAAGCAAAUGCAGAUAUAGGCAGUUCUCAACUUAGAAUCACAAUUGGUAUAAUUGAAAUAAGUGAUGCAGUUAUUGAAUCAUAUGCAAUUUUAUAACUUUUUUUUUGCCACAGUU